CCUUGUCUGCCUGUGUCCUUGGACCAACAGGGCCAUAAUUGAAACCCCCAAUACGAGAACUAAAGCUCUCAAACAUGUCUAAAAUCUUUAAUUUGCUAGCACAAUGUACUUGGAAUAACUUCAGUACAGUAAAAUCUCUGUUAUCAAGCAUCCCCGGAGUAAGGGGAUUGCCAGUUAUGUAAAAACUCUGGUUAUCUGAAAUAACCUGGCAGGGCUUUCAGAUAACGGGGGUGGGAGAUGGGACAGCAGCGGCCACACGUGGAGUGGUGACAGCUGCAGGGUGCAGUGUGGAGCGGUGGCUCUACGGUGGAGCAGCGCUCAGUGCAGGGCAGUACAGCUACAGUGCGUAGUGGCAGCAACAAGCCACUGCGUGUGAGCUUUCCCCCUGCACCCUUCCCCACCCCAGCAUCUGCCUGGCAGAGUGGGGGUAGAUUUCAUGGUGACAGUGCAGGGUGGUGGGUGGCGACGGCUGCCACUGUGCAAGCUUUCCCCUGCCCCCUUACCACGGCCAGCCAGCCAGAUAUUCUGGUUAGUAAAGAAUUUCUGUUUAAAUGCCGGAAAGCGGAGAUUUUACUGUAAUAGUAGUUAAAAUGCACAGGAAUGAUUCUGGCCACUUUAAAGACUAGUCUUCUCAGAUAAAAUGUAUGCAUUUUAUAAGGAUAGGAGUAAUGUUGUUUUCAAAAUGAAAGGAUCUAGUUAGAUGAGUGGCGUUUUUAAAGAAAAUCUGAAAGUUGUAUUUUCUUUAUUGGUGUGAACAGCCCUUUCUGAAGGGCCCAGCUAAUACAAUUGUCACUUCAUAUGGUUGCAGACAGUUAAAAUAGUGAAUGUAUCUUCCAUCAGUUAUGGACUGUUACUUUCACUGUGUUCACUGAUUAAGUAUUCCAACAAAUGUUAUUAAUAAUAUUGUAAUAAUAGAGAGUGUUUGGGUUUCGGUUUAAACUGUUUCAGUGCUAACCAGAUGUGUUUAUACCUCAGUGGUAAACAUUUAACCUGUAUCACUUAUCAGACUGAAUUUUUUACAGUACUGGUAUACAGCAAAAUGGCCUAACUAAAACUUGUGUAAACUGUUCAGUUGCACAUCUCAACUUGCAGUAUUAUUAGACUAGUUAGGAUAUGUCACUUAACUAAAAUAUGUAGUAAUACCCAGAACAAUGUAUCCACCCAGUACUAAACAGUUAACAGGACAGGGCUGUCAAAAAAUUGUUUCCACUUGCCUCAAGCUCAUUUGCUUAAAAUGGAAAUCUUCAGUGUCAGGCAGGUGUCACAUUAUCCCUCUGCCUCUGAGACUAUUCCAGAGUUGUGAGAGCCUCAAAUUUAUGCUCUGUCUUAGCCUGACUUCCCUAAAGUAAGUACUGUUUGAACACUAUUAAUGGUAGGGAGGUGAUCCCUUGAACAGUUUGCAUACUCUUUAAGGUGCUAUGGAGCCUUUCAGUACACUAAGUGAGCUAUUAGUAACAGUAAUGUUCAGAAUAGCUGGUUCCUCAUGUGGUCAUAUAUCCUCAUGUGGCCAUAAAUGUGGUAAGGUCUUUGUUUCAUUGCAUUCUGUAAAAGCUGUAACUUCUGACGGGGGUGUAGGUUGUAGGUGUGUUGGUCUAAGGACAUAGGCAGAGAAGGUUCUUUGGGUAAAUCUGAUAUCUCUUAUUAGAUCAGCUCAAAUAGUUGGAAAAAUUCUUCUUUGCAAGCUUUUGGGUAUAAGUACUCUUCGUCAGGCUGAGGCAACAUCUGCAGUUGGCGUGUGCUCUGUAACUUCUGACUGGGUUUUGAGUGCUUUAUUUAACCAUAUAAUACAAUGAUUACAGAAGUCCCAAAUAAGGCCGUAUUGGUAAUAUAGCUGAGAAGGUGGUGGGAGGUGCAUCUCAUUUAUAUACACGUUUUCAUGAAUGUGCUAAUGACCCUGUAAACGUAUGGGAGGAAAAGUGUUUUUAAAACAAGCGUAACGUAAGUAGUGCUAUACUGGGUCAGACCAGUGGUCCGUCUAACUUACUAGCCUGUCUCCAACAGUGACAGAAGUGGAUGCUAUAUAGGGAGAGCACUGAAGUAGCUUAGCUAUCUCUCAAGGGAUCUAUCCCUUAUUCAGUGCCCUCCCUGGCACCCACCAUUUAUUGGGUUAGAGAUGCCAGAGGAAACGUUUCUAACAAUCUUCUCAAUCGACAUUCAUAGAGCUGUCAUCCAUUAAUUUAUCCAGUCCCUUUUUGAAGGGGGCUAUGCUAUAUGCCUCCACCAACACCUAUGGCAAUGAAUUCCACAAAUUAACUACACAUUGCUUUAAAAAGUGCUUUGUCUUGGUUAUUUUAAUCCUGUCAUCUACUAAUUUCAGUGGGUUCCUCCUAGUUGUAGGGUAAUGGAACUUUGAACACCAAUUCCCUGUUCACUUGGAUUUUACAUACCUCUGUCAUAUUUGGGGAAGGGUUUUUUUCACCACCUUCUUUCCCCCAGCAUUCUUCUCUGGCAUGGAUGCACCAAAUCAAAGGUCACUUAACUGUGGUCCUUGGUUCCCUCCUUUUCCUUUACAAACCAAAAGUUACAAAUGAUUCCCUCAGGCUUUCUUUCCCUCUUCUCGGGCACCCUCGACUUCAGGUCCCUGCUCAGUUCUCCUCACCAGCAGGAUGUGUAAGACCCUUUUCUUUAGUUUGGCUGCCUCCAUUUCCCUCUCGCGCCCUACUCUUCCCAGCAGACUGGCAUGCUUUCUCUUCUCCUCCACCCCCCCACUGCUGGUCCUCUUUUUUAAGCUUUUGGGGAGAGUGGGUAAUUCCUGGCUUGGGCUGGUCCUGGCCGUUCUGAAGGGUUCAGCAUGCAGCUUCUUUUCUGAGGUGUUCCCUUCCGGCAGGCUCUGCUGGUCUUUUCCUGUGCUGGGAUGCCAAAUGCCAAGCUCUCUUGGUGUCUUCCUUUUAAAUUGCUUGCUCCUUACUGCCUGCCAGUCAGUGCCAGUUUUCUGAAGCCUGUGUCCUUGUGCUCCUGGGAUUGCCGGAAGAUGUGUUUUCCUGUGCUCCAGAGCUGCGCCAUGCGUCCAGACCUGGACCAGUGAGUUCCUGGCCAGCAUGGCUGGAACUCCAGUUCCCGGCCAGCAUGGCUGGAACCCCGUCUCUGCCUCACUCCCUAAAUCUAUUAUUGUAUGUAGCAGGACACUAAGGUGCCUGCUACUACAAGAGCCAGGAAGGCUCAUCAGGUGCCGGUCGCCAAGGUAACAAAAGGGGGCUAAUGGGUUGCACCUGCCUAGCUGGCUUAAAGAAGGGACAGGGCCUGGCUUAUAAAAACCACAGUCAGGAGGCCAGGCGGCGGGUUCCCUACCAGCAGCCAAGGCAGAAGGAGUUCCCUGCCAGAAAGAAAAGAGAAGCAGAGCCGGGAGGCCAGAGCAGAGCUGGUCACCACCGGGUGACAUAGAACCCUGACUCCAUGAAGAAAUAAUGGACUUCUAUGACUUCAUGUCCCCUCGUCCUGAAGAAGCAGCUAUGAGAAAAGAAGUAGUGAAAAGAAUAGAAACUGUCAUCAAGGAUCUUUGGCCUACAGCUGAUGUUCAGAUAUUUGGCAGCUUUAGUACAGGGCUUUACCUUCCAACUAGUGAUAUUGACUUGGUUGUUUUUGGGAAAUGGGAACGUCCUCCCUUACAAAUGUUGGAACAAGCACUAAGGAAACACAAUGUGGCUGAGCCGUAUUCCAUUAAAGUACUUGACAAAGCUACAGUACCAAUAAUAAAACUUACUGACCAGGAGACAGAAGUAAAAGUUGACAUCAGUUUUAAUGUAGAAACUGGUGUGAAGGCAGCUCGAUUUAUCAAGGAAUAUAUGAAGAAGUACUCAUUGCUGCCUUACUUGAUUUUAGUUUUAAAACAGUUCCUCCUUCAGAGGGAUUUGAAUGAAGUUUUUACUGGUGGAAUUAGCUCUUACAGCCUAAUUUUAAUGGCAAUUAGCUUCCUGCAGUUGCAUCCAAGAAUUGAUGCCAGAAGAGCUGAUGAAAACCUUGGAAUGCUUCUAAUAGAAUUUUUUGAGCUGUAUGGAAGAAAUUUUAAUUACUUGAAAACUGGAAUUAGAAUAAAAAAUGGAGGUGCCUAUAUUGCCAAAGAAGAAAUCAUGAAAGCCAUGACCAAUGGAUAUAGACCAUCCAUGUUGUGUAUUGAAGAUCCUCUUUUGCCUGGAAAUGACGUCGGCAGAAGUUCUUAUGGUGCCAUGCAAGUGAAACAAGUUUUUGAUUAUGCCUACAUUGUUCUUAGCCAUGCAGUAUCACCUCUUGCAAGAUCAUAUCCAAAUAGAGAUUCUGAGAGCACAUUAGGUAGAAUCAUCAAAGUAACGCAGGAAGUGAUCGACUACAGGGCAUGGAUUAAAAAGAAGUGGGGGAGCAAAAUUAAUCUGUCACCUGAUCUUGACAAUAGAAUGAAAAUAAGAGAGCAGAUAGCUCCAUGCAGUGGAGAACAGCAACAGAACAGAGACUCUGAAUCACCCUACAAUCAACACUUGACUUUAUCAUUAACAAGUAACCAACAGUUAUCCUCUGGUUCAUCUGCUUCUUCUGUAUCGUCGCUCUCUGGCAGUGAUAUUGAUUCUGAUACGCCACCUUGCACAACUCCUAAUGUUUACCAGUUCAGUCUGCAAGCACCGACUCAACUUAUGGCCGGUUUACCACCAGCAUUGCCUAUGCCAAAUGGUAAACCUCAGUCUGCACCUACAAGAACCUUGAUAAUGGCCACCAGUAAUCAGGAUCUUCGUUAUCCUUCAACUUUACUGGCAAACAGCUUGGAAUCACUGCCCUUCUGCUCCCCACUGGAAUCGGCAUCAAGGCAAAAAUCUGGCAAGCAUAUUCAGCAGCACAAUGGAAUGAAGUUUUCCAUGAAAGGAGCUCAUAAUCAUAACCAAGGCAAUGGCUACAAUCCCGUGAGCAGUGGAGGCAUGAGGCAGCCAGUGGGCAACAGAGGACACCACCAAUAUAACCGUAACAUCUGGAGAAGAAAAAAACACAGAGAGAAUUUGCCUAUUAGUCUCAGCAGAUAAUGGCUAAUGCCAGGAUGAUCUUCCCCUGUUUUACAGACUGAAGCUGAGUGAGUGACAUUAGACUGGGGAAUGGAGACCAGCAUUCAGCACAUCAGUUUGUGGGUGUUGCCGAAUAUCUGCAGCUGACUUUUUUGCAUGUUUCUUCGUGUGGUGGUCAAGUCCAUCUUAAAGAAGUAGUUGUGCUUAUCUGUGAAGCCUUAUUAAAUGUGGAAGUUUGUUUUCUGCCUUCCAUGGUUACUCAUACAGUGCCGAAGCAGCUCUUAUGUUAGAACUGCAAGGACUUUUAUCAGUGCUGUAGCAUUUUUGCUGUAGCUGCAUCUGUUCCUUUUGUGGGGUUUUUUUUUUUUUUUUGGUUUUGUUUUGUUCUUUGCUUUGAGAAGCAAAGGAAAUUUCAUUCCCUCACUUUUUUUUUUUUUGCAGCAAAUCUAGUUGGGAUCUCAUGAUAAACAAUUUUGCUGCCCUUGUUUUUAUUUCAAAUUUCAGAAUUUUGCUCUGUAAAUAUUGAAAAUAUAAUUUGUGCAAUAACGCAAAAUUUUUAAUUUAAUUUCAUAUUGUCACAUAAGUUAUAUUUAAGGGGAGGAGGUAUUUUUUUAAUUUACAGAUCCUUUCCCAGGUUGCAUUAUCUAAGUUGGGUUCAUAGUUUUGGCAGGUUGUCCGAGCAGUGUUACAAACAUGACAUAAUUUUUGGUAGUAUUUGAGGCUUCUUGAUUCACAAUGAAAGUGCUGAUUUGGCUUACGGUUUUAUGAAGGUAUUACGCUCCAAAGUGUUUUGACCCUAUGUUUUUAGCUCAUUGUCUGGCGCCUCUCAGUUGUCUUGUUCUAACUAAUGAGUUUUAAUUUAUCAUUUAACUAGACAACAAAUCCAGCAUUUAAAGUGCCAGAAGAAUAGUUUUCUAAGGGUGAAAAGGGUUGGUUAAGUCCUGGUAUGAAAUUGGAAAAAUUGUGAACUACAUGCUUCCGUCAGUUUUAAUAAUGUAACCUGUUAAUGGUUGGGGCCGAACACCAUUAUUGAAAUCAAAGGUACCCAGCUUAAGGAAUGUGGAGAAAGGAAAUAUGUUGAUUCCAUUAAGGAAUCUGUAUAGCAGUAUGCAUUAGUUCUGUUAAGAGCAAAAUAUAAAAAGUACUUCAGCUGCUCUCAGCAUUAUAAGGAGUAUCUUUUAAUGUAUUAACAGGAGAGCACAGCCCCGUGCUGCACACAGUCUGCGUGGCUGGCACUUAAUUUACAGAUGCAUACAGGUAUACUAUGCAAGUGUGUAUUGCCAUGACAACCACUGUCUUUGUUAACUUUUUUGAAUAGAAAAUGUACAUCCUGCCUAACCCUGAGUUUUUAAAGCACCACAGUUGUCCUGGGAGUAGGUUAAAUCUCACCAUACCCUCUGGUUUCCCAUUUUUAAAUGAGGGUUCUUAACAAUGAUAAACACUACAGGUUUGUUUGGGGGGGUUUCCUUUUUCUUGUUCUUUUUUUUUUUUCUUCUUCUUUUUAUUUAUUUAUUUUUUUGAAGUCCACUAGUGGGGAAAGCUGGAAAAAAAUAUUGCCAUGACAGCUAGAUUAUGUACAGAAGUGGAAGAUUUUAAAAUUGAUAUCUGAGUGUUAUGAUAAAAUGGAGGCAUCUAGCAUGAUGAAGCUUUAUAGUAUGCAGUAUGCCUUUGAAGCAGGAAUAGCCCAAACUGUUGUUUUACCUGUCUACUGCAAACAGAUCUCUUUUAUGGGUACAGGGAAGGAGACAUUUCAGAGUAGCACAGUUUUUUCUCUACAGUACUUGAUGGCUCAGAUUUACACUUUUUAAAAAUCAUUAGCCUAUUCAUAAAUCAAUAUUUAAGGGCUGGUACAUAGGCCUGUACUGCUAAUCUUAACACUAGCAAUAUUGCACAUAAACUUACAUUAAGGAACCUUCAAAGGCUUUAUUUGGCAUCUUAAUGUAGUGUUCAUUUCGAAGCAAAAUUCAUUCAAACAGAAACCGGUAUCAUGUUCCAUUUUAGUCAUGGUGAACCAGAUAAAUUGGCCUGGCUACCACUGUGGUUAUGUGCUACAGACUAAAACAAAUCAUGUUUAGAUUUUUUUUUUUUGGUGUGGACAACUAUGUGGAAGCUAAAUUGACAUAUUUUUAUGUAAAGUUUUUCUAUUCUUUGAUUUUUAAUAAACUUUCGAGAGCA